AUGACGCACGCCCACCUCCGCCCGUUCGGCGACUUCGAGCGGCUGUCUGCCCGCGCGCCGUGGGCGAUUUUCCCCCGCAAGAAGCUCGACGUGACGUACCGCGACAUUGCUGCCGGUCUGGCUGCGUGUCUGCAGCGGAGCGAGUCGCAGCGCUCGGAGCUCGAGGUACAGAUUUCGCACUUGUGGGACGUUCGCGGCCGUAUAUUACUUACGCUUUCGAUUCGCACGGGCUUUGACCUGCUGUUGCAGACACUGCGGCUUCCAGCUGGGAGUGAAGUGCUGUGCAGUGCAAUUACGAUUCCUGACAUGAUACAUGUGCUGCGGCACCAUAACCUGGUGCCCGUGCCGGUGGAUGUGGAUUUCGAGACGUUGGCAGUGGACGGGGACGUGCUCGAGCGUGCGAUUACAAAGAACACAAAAUUGCUGCUGGUUGCUCAUAUCUUCGGCUCGCUCUUCUCGUUGGACACAGUGCUUGAAGUUGCGCACAGACACAAUCUCGUGGUUGUUGAAGACUGCGCACAGGCGUUUGUAGGAACGCAGUACACGGGCGACGACCGUGCGGACGUGUCUAUGUUUAGCUUUGGCACAAUCAAGACGGCGACGUCGUUUGGCGGUGCCAUUAUCCGCGUGAAGGAUUCAGCUGUGCUGAGCGAAAUGCGCCGUCGGGAGAGUAGAUACCCGUGUCACACAAACCUGUUUUUCUUUAAGAAAUUGGUGAAGUACGGCGUGUUGCAUGGCAUGUCGACUCCUGCAUUAUACGGUCUAUUCCUUCACGCCUGCCGUGCAGCUGGAGCGGAUCACGAUAAGAUCAUUACGUCGGCAGUUCGUGGCUUCAGUGGCGGAGACUUGAUGACCCUCAUCCAGUACCGGCCAUCAAUGGCUUUGCUGGGACUAAUGCAUCGCCGUCUCAUGUGCAUGGACGACGAGUAUGUUCUCCUACGAAAAUCGAAAAGCGAGCAGCUGGCUAGAGCAAUUGAGGACCUUCCAAACGUUUCUAUUCCGGGCCACAAAGCUGAAAAGCAUUUCUACUGGUUAUUUCCCGUUUGUGUCCCGUCCCCUCGAGAUGUCGUCAGACACAUGAACGAGCAUGGUUUCGAUGUCACUUCUGGUGCUACGCAGCUGGCUUAUGUGCCAAGCCCUCUUGGACAUGGUCACGAUCCUGUGCACGCCAAGAGCAUAAUGUCCAGUUUGGUGUACCUACCAGUCACACCUGAGACACCAGGAUGGGCUAUUGAGAAGAUGGCGUGCUGUCUUCGUGACGCCCUUCGUUCGUCGAGCCGACUCUAG